AUGAGCGUCGGCAAGAAGCUCGUCCCCUUCCAGAUCCGUGUUCGCCAUGAUCAUCCCAGCACCGCCGGCGAGCUUUACCGACGCUCCUUUCUCGACCCUCGCGUUCCCGACGUGAUCGCAGAGCACGAUCUUGCCUUUCACCUUUGCCGGGUCGAGGUUGCCGGCAUAGCAGUACCUGCUCCCGCAAUCGGCGCUGUAAACCAGAGGCAAAAGUUCCCCCUCCGGCAGACCAUCCCCACCGUAAAGCGAAACUCCGCGGUGCACGCUUCCGUCUCCGAGAACAACAUCGGCAGGGAAAUCACGGUCAACGGUAGACGCGCCGACGUUCAAGAUCCACGGAGAGAUGUUCGUCGCCGUGUAAGCUCCGGGCCCGGAGAAGCGGGAGGAAAUCGGCGGCGGUCGUCGGUGGUGAUUCCUCCAUUCGCGUUCGGAGAGUGA